AUGUCUUCAAACAAACAUCAACCAAACUUAGGAAAGAGACCACACAGUGAAGUAACACCAGAAUUCCCUUCUCUACCUAGUCUGUCUUUUGCUGCUGUUCAAGAGUUUGCUGGAAAAUCACAAGAAGCCCUAGUUUCUGUUCAAGAAAGUCUGGUUGGUGCUACUUUCCCUGGCAGUUCUUUGUUUCUUCCUCUCAUUUCACCCCAUCAGUUACAGCAGCGGUUUAAUGUUGCUGAUGAUGACUCUGUCCUUGUAGUAAUUAGAAAGUCUUAUCCUCUCUUGAAAAGUGAAAUCAUUAGUCUCAACAACAAGAAAUACUCUGGUAUUUAUGUCAGGGGUCCUGUUGGUGUUGGAAAGAGCUAUUUGCUGUAUCUUUUGGCUUCCGAAUACCGCUUGAACCGACCAUAUUACCGAGUAACUUAUAUCAACGACUGUAAAUCAUGGAGAACAGACCCCUAUGGAUAUUUGCUUGAGGAACUUGUAACGACGUUUUACACCGAUUUUGUUGAUAACAACAAUCUUCAGUGGCUUGUUAUUUGUGACCAACACAAUGCUCUGUUUUCUCCCUCUGUCAUCUUUGACAAGUUUCCAUUCAGCAUCAUUGAUUACAUUGCUAUUAAUCGUGGUUCUAAUAUCAAAGUAGUGAUUUCAGCAUCUGCCAAUAACGAAGGGUAUCCUACCGAAAUGAAAGGUUGGCAAACUCAUGAUAUUUCAAGCCACCGGUUUGACGACGACGAAUUCAAAGUGUGGUGUGACCAUUAUGAGCUUGAAACUAUUGGAAAAGUCAACCCUGAAUCUGAACAAGCAGUCGAUGCGUUGUAUUGGACUGGUGGUGUUCCUUAUGAAUUAGACUUGUUAUGGAAACAGCCCAAGAUGACUUUGGUUGAAAAAACUCUAGAGUAUCGUGAAAAACGAGUGGAGGAGAUGGCUGAGAGUCAUGGCAAGUUUUGUGAUAAAUUAUCAGAAGAGAAGAAACUCAAUCUCAAGGAAUGUAUCUCUCGUAUGGCUCUCAGAAUGGUCCCACCAGAAAUUAACGUUGGAAUGGACCGUCAAUUCAUAUCAUGGCAAGGUCUUAUGACAUCACUCGGGGUUGUUGCUGAACUGAUUUUGAAAGGAAAAGAUUACCCCAACACCAUCAAGGGUAAAAUUAGUGAAAUGUACAUCACUACUAUGUUGGAACUUUCACAGCUCUUCUCUUUUCAGUUCAGAAAGGUUUCGAAUAUUGCUAAAAUUGGUCUACAAGAGGAUUCGCCUUUACGCAAGAGUAUUGAAAUCAAGUCUGUGGUUCAUUUUCUUAGGAAUAAGCUACCGCCCAAGACAUCUUUUCAAAAGAAUGUUACGACCUUGUUUGUGCCUGAAUCACCCAAUUAUCCUAGGUUUGAUUUCUUUUUGUGGGAUUCUAACCGACAGCUGAUGAUGGGGUUUCAAGUAACUGUUCUCAAUCCCUUUUCUGAACAUCCAAAAAUGACAAACUCACAGAUGUGGCAAAUUUUUGCUUCGGUAAUGCUAACAAACCCCAAUGGAAUUGUAUUGGAUUGUACCUAA